GGGCGUGUGCCAAGCCACGCCCCCGCACGGGCCCGCGGAGGGCCGGGACGGCGGGACUUGGCGCGGUGGGGAGCUGCGGGACCGCGCGAGGGUGGGCUCCGCGCGCCGCUUGCCUCCGGAAGCCUAGGCUCAGCCCUGAAUCGCCCGAGCCGGCCCAGAGUCUCUGGACGAAGGUGGAACGGCUGACGUGGGCGCGUCUCGGUGGCUGUGGGCCGGUUUGGCCGGGCCGUGGAGAGCCCGGCGUUCCUCCUUGGAGCCCCCUUCUCCCACAAAACUUUACCCGAAGUGAGAGAGGGUGGACGCCAGUUCACCAGUGCUUUAGGGCGUCUCAGAAUAAUGCUAUAAUAAACAUUCUUCUACCUGGACCUUAAUGCAAAGAUAUUGGCGUUUCCAAGACACCAAGAUACAAGAUAUAUGCUUUGGAGCCCUAGGAGAAUUGUGGAUUCAAAGACCUGUAAUGGCCAGAUACUACAGCGAAGUUCAAAGUUUGCAGCAGGAUGAUUCAGUUAUAGAAGGAGUAAGCGACCAAGUACUUGUGGCAGUGGUGGUCAGCUUCGCUUUGAUCGCCUCUCUCCUGUAUGCACUACUCAGAAAUGUACAGCAGAACAUUCAUCCAGAAAACCAAGAGCUAGUCAGGGUGCUUCGAGAACAACUUCAAACAGAGCAGGAUGUCCCUGCUCCUGCUCGACAGCAGUUCUACACUGAGAUGUACUGUCCAAUCUGCUUACACCAAGCCUCCUUUCCUGUCGAAACAAACUGUGGACAUCUCUUUUGUGGUUCCUGCAUAAUUGCAUACUGGCGAUACGGGUCUUGGCUUGGCGCAAUCAGUUGUCCUAUCUGUAGACAAACGGUAACUCUUCUCCUCACAGUGUUUGGUGAAGAUGAUCAAUCUCAGGAUGUUGUAAGAUUGCGUCAAGAUGUGAAUGAUUAUAACCGGAGAUUCUCUGGGCAGCCUAGAUCUAUUAUGGAAAGGAUCAUGGAUCUCCCCACCUUGCUGAGACAUGCAUUCAGGGAAGUGUUUUCAGUCGGGGGUCUCUUCUGGAUGUUCCGAAUUAGGAUAAUGCUUUGUGUGAUGGGGGCUUUUUUCUAUCUAGUAUCCCCUCUGGACUUUGUUCCUGAAGCCCUGUUUGGAGUUCUGGGCUUUCUAGAUGACUUCUUUGUUAUCUUCCUGUUGCUUAUUUACAUCUCCAUUAUGUAUCGAGAAGUGAUAACCCAAAGACUAACCAGAUGAGAGAAAUGAGUUUACUAGAGUAUUGGAGCUUAUAUAAAAAUCAAACAAAAGGAUCCAUGGCCGUAUCGAUCACCCAGAUAUUAUUUUACAUGCCUAAAACACUUGGCUGUCAUUUGACAAAUGCCUAUGAAUAUACAACUGGAACAUUUACAUACUACAGCUUCUAAUGUUAACAUCAAAUUUAUAGUGAGCUACAGGUUUAUCUUCAUUCUGUGUUGUCUGUAAAAAAGUAUGAAACGAGCUGAAAGGGGUAAUUUGUUGUUUUCUUUUUCUGCAAAUUAUUUAGCUUAGAUACGUAGUUCAGUAUUGCUGAAUGUACAAAUCGUCCUCCUCAGUGGGUACCCAUACAAUAAUAGAGAACUUUGAAACUUACCUAAAUACUUUUGUUAAAGUAAAAUAGUGUAUGAUACUUAGGGAAAGGUCAGUGUCUCAGUGUAUGCUAAGCUCUGUGGACUUGGAGCAGCUCUGCUUUUCAUUUUUGUAUAAUUCUUUGUGAUCAACUGAAAAUGAAAGAAACUUGAACUUCCUGAUAUGACCUUAUUUUCAGUCUCUAGAACACUUUAAUCAAUAGGAGGAUUAACAGAGUGAAAACUACGCAUCUCCUGGAGUGGCCUUUGCCACUCAGUUACGACAUUAACCCAGAGUUUGGACUUUUUAUAGAAACAAGUACAAAAGUAACUGUAGCCAGCUGUGGUGGCUUCUACUUGUUAUUUCUGCGUUCAGGAAGCUGAGGUAUUAGAUUGCCACAAGUUCAAGGUCGGCCUAGAGUUAAAGAGUGAGAUCCUACUCAAGCCAAAAGCAGGGCAGUGAGUUAGGGGCUUACCACCAGGCCUGACAACCUGGGUUUGAACUCUGGGCCUCACAUAAGGUAAGCACAGAACAGAUUCCCCAAGUUGUCCUCUGACCUUCACAUGUGUGUUGUCAUGCAUGCACAGACACACACACACACAGAGUAAAUAAAAUAAAGUGCAAUGAAAAAGGAAAGAAAGUAGCUUGUAAAGGGAAAUUAUUUUGUUCUAGGAACCUGAGUAACAUUGCAAACUAGUAGUAGUUGAUAGCAUUUUGAGGAAACAGGCUGGUUAUUUCUAUUGGCAUUCGUCAGGGCCUUUAGGAAGGUACAAAGAACAGUAUUUAGAUUUUACAAACUAUGAGUUAACUCUUCCGGCAAAAUGAAGGUAUUUGAUUAGCUGUCUGUUGCCCUGAAAAUGCAGAAAUCUCAUCUUCUAGAUGGCUCAGAUUCAUCACGUCUUGGGCAGAAUGAGGAAAUGUGUAUGAGAACCUCAAUAAUGAGGGUCAGACUGUUUCUGCUGUUUUUUAUGGCCCUGACAUGGGAACGUAAGGUCUGUAGUUUUGUUUGCGUAGAGUGAGUCCUGUAACUGAGAUGCUCACCCCAGCUGUCACUGCUUCCCAGGGAGCAUCUGGAUGGAGGGUGUGAGGUGAUGCUGAGACCCUUUGUCAUCUGAUGUCACCCUUGGUUUCCUAGUCAGCCUCAGUCAGUGUGUGUGUGUGUGUGUGUGUGUGUGUGUGUGUGUGUGUGUGUGUGUGUGUGACAUAAAGCUAAAAUAUGUCAUGUUCCCCAAAAAAUCAGAUUAGCUGCCAAAUAAUGAAAUUCUGAAUGAAAUGUCAGUUUGUCUAAUGUAGGCUUAACACAAAGAUGUUGUCUGCCAUUUAAAAAAAAAAACAUAAAACAAAAACCAGUCCUUAUAUAUACAUGAUCAGUGCAAUUUCUCAUAAUUUUUAUUUUAUCCUUAGAAGAUGUUAUGAGGACGGUAGAGUGCCAUCAGCUUCCUGUUUCAGAGAGAAGACCUUCAUCCUGUGGGUGAAAGACUUUUGUUUUCCUAACAGAAUGGAACUAGUGAGAUUUAGGUAGGCACAAAAGCUAGUCUGAGGAGAAGCAGGAGGAACUGGGAUUCUCUGGAGUCAGGUUUUCAUAACACAUUAUUCCUUUACUGGAACAGUUUUGGUGCUUCUAAGCUAAAGCUCCAGGAAGAAGAUUCCUCAGAGCCUUUACCCAUCUCCAGUGAAUGCUUCCAAAUGAAGUACGAGUGGCAGGCACCACAGAACCGUGGCCACUCGUCACCAACCCGGAAGCUGUUGAGUGGGGAGCUCGUUACCAGCCUGGGAAAACAUUUUCCACCUUUUAAAAGUGCAAUGUGGACUAUAGCUCUGAUUUACUGAAAUGAUUUUAUUUUCUGUGCGUGUGUUCUGCUCCAACUGUCACACUUCUGUAAUAUUUGGACUUACUCUAAUACUCCGAGAAGAGGUGUACUGUACAAAAUCUGUAACAUACAAAACCACUAUGAAGUCACUCAAGUCUUACUGAACCAAAAAAGGGAACACAGUGGUAUCUCAGAAUUUGUCAUCUCCUAACCCCUCAUCUUUACUGAUCAUUAAUGAUAAUGCAAAAGCAGUUUGAGAAAGUAUUGAAAGCGAGCAGAGUCGAUCAGUGUUGAACAUCACAGCAGUACUUCGUAUUCAGAGGUCACACAAAUCAAAGCAACAGAACAUAGUAACCAUAGUGAUGGCCACAGAGCCAUGGUACAGGCCCAGGAACAGAUGAUGAUUGAGCAGCUCUGUGGGGAACGAGAGGGAACUGGUCCAUUAACAACUCGCUGGGGUUGGGUUUCUAUAGCCACCAUUCUCAGUGCUGCGGAAGACAGCAGAGUUCCUGAGCCCCAUGGUGUACGGUGCCUACUUCACAGGGUCUAUGCAGAGAAGCAGAGGCUUCUUGCAAAGCUUGUGAUUUGAAGAGUUUGUUUGGCAUUUAUUCUUUGGAAUAAAAAUAGUUUAUUUUAA